AUGGCUAGUAAGAGUGACUUCAAUGCCAAAACCUAUCGGGCGCCCGCCACGGAUGGCGGAGAUAACACAAGUAUGAAGUCUGGUGGGGAGUCCGAGCGUGACGAAGAGGCUGUUUCGGACCCAUUUGCGGCGCCAUUAAAACGGCAGCUUAAAUCGCGGCACUUGCAAAUGAUUGCUAUUGGGGGAAUAAUCGGACCUGGAUUACUCGUCAGCUCUGGAAAUGCGUUACACGAGGGUGGUCCUGCGGGCUCGCUGAUUAGCUUUUCCUUGGUUGGAAUUAUUGUGUUUUUCGUAAUGCAAUCACUGGGAGAGAUGGCGACUGUUAUUCCUGUCACUGGCUCAUUCAUCGAGUACGCUGAACGUUUCAUCGACGAUGCGUUGGCAUUCGCACUGGGAUGGGCAUAUUGGUAUCUAUGGGUUACUGUUCUUGCAAAUGAGUAUAACUCAAUUUCUCUCGUUAUCGAAUACUGGACGAGUGCAGUACCACAAUGGGGCUGGAUCCUCAUAUUCUGGUUCCUAUUCUUGACAUUGUCCAAUCUGGGUAUUUUGGCUUACGGAGAAAUGGAGUUUUGGCUUUCCAUAAUCAAAGUUUUGGCUCUUAUCGUGUUUUUCAUCCUGGCUAUUUGUAUCAGUGCUGGUGCGAUUGGGCCACAAACCAUUGGAUUCAAAUAUUGGCACCAUCCGGGGGCGUUUGCAGAUGGUAUAAAUGGUGUGGCCAAGACGUUUGUUGUGGCAGGGACUCUAUAUGCAGGAACAGAGAUGGUCGGUAUAACCGCUGGAGAAUCAUCGAAUCCUCGCAAGGCAGUCCCACGAGCCAUCAAGCAGGUCUUUUGGCGGAUUUUAAUCUUUUACGUCGGCACAAUAUUCUUCAUUGGAAUUCUCAUUCCAUGGAAUGAUAAGCAACUCUUAGGGUCAAGUUCGAAAACGGCGAGCUCACCCUUGACAAUUGCCUUGACAGAUGCCGGCAUUCUCCCAGCUGCGCACCUCAUCAACGCUUUAAUCGUUAUUAGUUUCAUAUCUGCUGGAAACAGCUCCUUAUAUGUGGCCUCAAGAACAUUGCUUUUCAUGUCUAGGAACAGAAAAGCCCCCAAAUUCAUCGGGCGCACUAAUCGUGCGGGUGUGCCUUGGAUUGGACUAGUCAUGACCAAUGUCUUCGCCUGCAUCGUGUUCUUGGAGCAAUCGUCUAGCGCUGGAACGGUCUACUCGGCCCUUAUUACCUUGUCUGGAGUUGCUACAUUCAUCGUCUGGUCCGUCAUUGGCAUAUGCCAUAUUCGCUUCCGUCGUGCAUUAGUCGCGCAGGGCGAAGACCCAUCCAAGCUGCCCUACCAGGCCGUGUUUUACCCUUACGGCACUUACAUCGCUCUCGCAGCGAACAUUUUUCUUGUAUUCUUCCAGGGAUACACGUGUUUCCUGAAUCCAUUUAGCGCAUCGGACUUUGUGAUCAACUAUAUUCUGUUACCCGUGUUCGUCCUAUUUUUUGUUGCCUACAAGGUAUGGAACAAGACAAAAUGGGUUAGAUUAGAGGAUAUGGAUAUAUGGAGUGGCCGGAGAGAAUUUGCAAAUGAGGAAGAGGAAGUUGACAAGGAGCGAGGUUGGUGGUGGAAGCUCUAUUCAGUUGUCAUUGGGUAA